GUCAUCCCAAAAUUCACGGUUUCGCAUGAAAAAAGGAAGGCAAAAAUUGAAAGACCCCCUCCCACGUCAAGACGCCUUUUUUGGUUUUCCUUUUCCUUUUGCAUUUUACUACAAACCUUACAACCUCGUUUUAUCAACCCGAUUGGCUUGUCACAAUUCUUGUCGUUUUAUACUGCAUUCUAUUUCCUGCAAAGAGGUUGUUCUUUUCUCCCUUCAAUUCAGUGGAUCAGCCAGCAUGCCCAUUCCUUCCAACGGCAGUUCCAUAUACUGCGAUAACAAGGCUCCAGACAACCUACAAGCCUGUAAAUCAUUAGUACGAAAAUAUUCAAGGAAGCAACCUGAUGUCGCCGAUACAAAGAACAAACGUAGUAGAACCCUGCUGCAUAAUCAACCCCACGAUAGUUCCGAAGACAUUCAUCCCAUCGACUUGUCCCAGCAGCGUCUGCGAAAUUCUCACCUGGGCGCCUUAUACGCAGGAUCUGUUUUCAAAGGCAUUCAAAAGUGUGCGCAAAUGACAUAUGAAGUUACAGUCGAAAUUCAGCACGUUGAUUUGAGCCAAAGUCGGCUAUGUGGUUAUCUCAAUAUCAAAGGCCUGACUUCGCAAUUUCCUGAACUCACGACCUACUUUGAAGGCGAGAUCAUUGGUCCUCGCUAUCCGUUUCUCACACGGAAAUGGCAAGCGCAGCAAUCCAUUGAUAUGGCACAUUGGAAACGAUUUCCUUCAUUUCGACCGUAUAUUCCGCUGUUUAAUCUCGAUGGUUUUACUUACGACCCUACCGACAAGGAUUUCGUCUAUAUGCGGUGGAAAGAGCAGUUUUUGAUCCCAGACCAUCGAGUGGAUACAAUUGAAGGCGCCAGUUUCGCCGGGUUUUACUACAUCUGCUAUCAGCGAUCAACGAAUCACAUCAGUGGAUUCUAUUUCUUUCGAUAUCAUACAGAAUGGUAUCAAGAACUGACACUGGAUCAUGUGGAGCAGCGCUACUUUGGCAAUUUUGAAUUCCAUUGACACAAACAGAAUACGUCUUGCUGAAUUCUUUUAUACCCCUUCACCUACCAUUAUAUCAAAAAUACAGUAUGUAUGCUUCGCUGGUUUCCUUACGACUG